GUAUUCUAAAAAAGCCUUUUAAGUUGACUCUGGAGGAAAAACAUGUCUUUUAUUUUCUGUUUCAGUUAUCUUUGUUACAAAUUGCUUUGUUUUUGAGACAUUCCAGCCUUUUGGUUUGAUGCUUUACGUUACCUACCUGAGAUUCUUCCUAUAAUCCCCCAAAAUUCAUAUCCUCCACCACAAAAGAAUCAGGGUUCUCCCUCUCAGGUGCAGUUUGACAGAUAUUGAAUGCCAUGGACUGUUGAUAUGAUCAAAAUUUCUGGGUUUUGAAGGCAAAAUCCCACUUCUUUUGGCAUAGGAAGGACAGCCUUGUCACUGAUUGGCCUGGGAUUUGGGAGCUGUUGAUUCUGGGGUUUUAUCUCCAGGAUUUGGCAGCACCCUUUGAUUUUUUUUUUUUAGACUUCAAAUGGAGCAAUUCAGGCAGGUUGGUGAGGUUUUGGGAAGCAUCAGAGCUCUUAUGGUUUUACAAGAUGAUCUGCAAAUCAAUCAACGCCAGUGCUGUUUAUUGUUCGACAUUUUCAGUUUGGCUUUCAACACGAUUGCCGAGGAGAUCAAGUUGAACCUGAAACUAGACGAAAACAACACAAAGUGGAAUGCUCUUGAAUAUCCAUUGAAGGAACUUCAAAGGAUUUUCAAAGAUGGUGAACUUUAUGUCAAACAAUGUAUGGACAAAAAAGACUGGUGCCUGAAGGCAAUCAACCUCCACCAAAACAAGGAUUGCGUUGAGAACCACAUCCACAAUUUGCUUUGUUACUUCCCCAUUGUCAUCGAGGCCAUCGAGACGGCCGGAGAGAUAGCGGGGUUCGAUUGGAGCGAGAUGCAAAGACGGCAAAUCACACUGUCUAGGAAGUACGACAAGGAAUGGAUCGACCCCAAACUUUUUCAGUUCCAAUUUGGGAAGCAGUACUUGAUCCCUCGAGAGAUUUGUACUCGGCUCGAGAGUGCUUGGAGAGAAGAUAGAUGGAAUCUUGUUGAAGUUCUAAGGGAGAAGAGUAGAUCAGAAUCUGCAACAAAAUCCCAGCAGCGUGUGGCUGACUUGUUGAUCAAGAAAAUCAUUGGAUCAGAGGAUUUCAAUGGUAAACUUUUCCCAAGUUCCAUCUUGUAUGGAGGGGAUUACCAAGUUAGGCGACGUUUAGGGGGACAUUACAAGGAAAUCCAAUGGUUGGGAGAUAACUUUGUAUUGAGAAACUUCAAUGGGGAUGGUGAGACUUCAUGCUCAGAAAUCUCAACCCUUCUCUCACUCUCACAUCCCAACAUAUUGCAGUACCUUUGCGGGUUCUAUGACGACGAGAAGCGAGAAGUUUUGCUCGUCCAAGAGCCGAUGAACAAGGAUCUAAGUUAUUACGUGAGUGGUUCCAGGAGGAAGACAACCUGCUGUCUUCCUGUCGUGGUUGAUCUUAUGUUUCAGAUUGCAAGAGGAAUGGAAUAUCUUCAUUCACAGAAGAUGUUUCAUGGUGAUUUGAACCCUUCAAAUAUCUUUCUCAGAGCUAGGAACGGCACUGAUGGUUAUUUGCAGUUGAAAAUCACGGGUUAUGGUUUAUCCACCCUUAAAUCCACUGCUUCGUCUUUGAGCUCCUCGUUGAAACCGAAUGAAACCAACACUUUUAUUUGGUAUGCACCGGAAGUUUUGCAAGACCAAGAGCAAAUGUCGCCAGGGAAUUCCACCAGUUUUAAGUACACUGAGAAAGCUGAUGUUUACAGCUUUGGGAUGCUAUGCUUUGAGCUUUUGACUGGGAAAGUCCCAUUUGAAGAUGGACAUCUUCACGGGGAGAAGGUGAGUCGAAAUAUUAGAGCAGGGGAGAGGCCUUUGUUUCCCUACACUGCACCUAAACACCUUGUCAACCUAACCAAAAGAUGUUGGCACUCUGAUCCGAACCAACGUCCAAGUUUCUCAUCGAUUUGUCGGAUUCUAAGGUACAUCAAGAAAUUCCUCGUGAUGAACCCUGACCAUGAUCGGCCUGAAACCGGAUUCCCGAUCUCAGAUUAUACCGAGAUUGAGUCAUGGUUCUUAAAAAAGUUCAGUGCCAAUGAGAGUUUCAACUCAUUAUCAGUGGCACAAAUCCCAUUUCAAAUGUUUUCUUAUAGGCUUGCUGAGAAAGACAAGACUAUCAUCUUGAACACCAUGGAUAAGAAUGUAGAGUUGGGCGAUGAAGCAGCCUCAACUUGCAUAAAUGAGGAUCCUUUGGUAGCAUUAAGUGAUGCAAAUUCCGUGGCUUCAGAUGUCAGAUUGGUCGGUCCAGACAUAAAGCCGGUGUAUUCUGAGAUCCCCGAGAAAAGAUCAGCCAAUUUCAGUCCAGCGCCACAAAGGAGAUCAAUUAGCACCAAGAUUCCAGAGAAGAAAAUCUUACACACCAAAAAAAACAGUAGUGUGAAGGCCAAGAACGAUGCAGGGUCAUCAAAUGGGAAGGCUGCACAAGUGAGUGUAAUGAACAUUAGAGAAAGUCGAUCGAAAGCAAUGACGAGGUCCUCGAGCACUGAUCGGCUAAGAUUAGCAGCCUAUGAUACAUCGGAUUAGCAUGCAUAAAUCACCAUGAUCAUCAACGGGAUUGCAGGUAUUCUAUCAAACAUUUUGGCACAGGGGACUGCCAUGUUUUCUUUGAUUCUUUAAUCAUCAUAACCUUGUAGUUACAAUAAUAGGAACACUGUAGCUUUCACGUUGGAUAGCUUCAUUUUGUC